AUGUACAUCCUGUCUUUAUUACUCAUAUCACCAGCGCUGGUCGCCUCAACCCUUGCUGCCUCGUUCAACCCAAGCUGCAAUUCCAAUUACGCCUCAUACUAUGGCCAGAACUCCGCCGGCAACCAGCAGACUCUUGGAAACUACUGCAAGGACACCACCGAGGAUAUCAUCGUCCUAGCAUUUAUGAAUGGAUUCCCCAACGUAAUGCUCAACUUUGCCAAUGCCUGCGAGUCAACUUUCCCUGGGAGCUCACUCCUCCAUUGUCCUCAGAUUGCCGAGGACAUCAAGUAUUGCCAGUCCAAGGGCAAAAUUGUUAUUCUCAGCAUGGGUGGUGCAUCAGGAUCCUACGGAUUUUCCAGCGAUGCUCAAGCUAAAGACUUUGCAGACACGGUGUGGGGCAUGUUCUUUAAAGGAACUGCUGACAGGCGCCCCUUUGACGAUGCCGUUCUGGACGGUGUCGACCUGGAUAUCGAGGGUGGCAGUACCAUUGGAUAUACAGCCUUUAUCAACCAACUGCGCUCCCACUAUGCGACCGACCCAAGCAGACAAUAUUACAUUGCAGCUGCCCCUCAGUGCCCAUUCCCUGACGCGUACCUGGGAUCAACAUUAAACUCUGCGUGGUUUGACAUGGUGUUUGUGCAGUUUUACAACAACUAUUGCGGUCUUACUUCCUCUAAUGCUGACUGGUUUAAUUUCGAGGAUUGGGAUAAAUGGGCUAAGCAUGAGAGUAAAAACAAUAAAGUCAAGAUUUAUCUUGGUGCACCAGGGUCUCCUUCUGCAGCUUCAACUGGCUUUAUUGAUGAAUCAAAGUUGUCCAAGAUAUUCAGGGACGUGCGUGCAAAGUAUUCCAGUCUGGGAGGCAUUAUGACCUGGGAUGUUAGUCAAUCU